AUGGAGAAUAGGUCAUUUGACAACAAUGCGGGUCCAGCACCCCAGAUCCCAGAGUUGCCAUCCUCUUUGACAACUGAUGAGUUGUCAGCGGCCCGGUCGCAUGGCGUUGCACCCACCGAUGAGACAAGUGCUGCUCGCCAGUCAUCGACUCGGCGGCAGAAAUGUCGCUUUUUCAAAUCCAAAAAGGGAUGCCGAAUGGGAGAAGCAUGUCCGUUUCUACAUGAUGCCUCGACUGUUGAGGCUAAGAAAACAUCAUCGGAGCAGCAGAAACCAACCCAAUCUUCGGGAAGUGAAAGCCAGAGCUCGGCACAAGCCAUUGUCACUGGGACCGAGAGAUUGAAUAUUGGUGAAAACCAAUACAAGCAACGCUCCGUAGCAGCCCCCGUCCAGCCCCAACGACCAGUUUCUAAAAUGGAGCAGUCAGAUCCCAGAGAGUUCCAGAUCAACCAAUUGAGGCGGCGUUACCGUCCACAGGAAGUCAAUGAUGCCCAGGGCUGCACUUUGACCUUUGGCUUAGUACCUUCUGAUCCGGACUUCCCGUUUGAGCUCGAAAGACUCCAGUGUGUCCUUCAUGUCCCAAGCUCAUACCCAAAAGGGCGACCCAUGCUUGCAGUGACCAAUUCUGAAAUGGAAGCUGCAUAUCAAGCAAAUGUCGUCAGAGGCUUCGAUGAAAUUGUUGAUUUUACGUACCGCACCAACGGCCGGGGAACUCUCUUGGGCUGGUUGAACAGUUUGGACAAAAAGCUCGAAUCAUUGCUAACCACCCUGGAGCGUGGGCCAACGCUGAAGUUUUUUGCCAACAUUGGUGAUGGAUCCACAACGAAAGAACCCACCAAGGCCCCGGAGAAGCCUUUAAGCCAGCCGAGCCCGUCUCAAGGUCGUGGUAAAUCACCAAGUGCUGCUGCUAAGCCAGCACCACAAGCACGCACUGUAGCACCUAGACACACAGCCGAGGCAAAAGCUACAGCCGAGAAGAGACGAGCAACCGAGAUAAAACAGCUUGAGGCGCGCCUUGGAAGACUGCCGAUGUACCAAAAACUGCAAGAUGGCAGGACAUAUGUUAUUCCCAUUCAGCCAACGAAAAAGGACCGCCUGCCGCGAACACUUCAAGCACUGAAGACUGUGAAAUUGAUUGUGCCACAGCUCUACCCACUUGAGCAAAGCUCGAUCAAGUUACAGGGAGUCGAAGGCCCUGAAGUGAAAGCCACAGAAGUGGGAUUCACUCAGUGGGUAGAACAGACCUCGCAGCUGAGUCUGGUAUCUCAGGUCAACUACCUGGCCAGCAAUAUCCAUAAAUUCGCUGAAACCCCCUUACCAAAAGAGGAGGAGCCCACUGGAGCUGUACCUCCCACUGUUGAAGAGGACGAGGAAGAGGAGGCGGAGGAGCCUGAAAGGGCACCUGCUGCGUCCUCAACUCAGGAUAAUGAAGACAGGCCACAUCUUGUUGUGAUUCCACGGCCACCCGAAUGGUCGGUUCCUAAUCCCCAAAGUGGCGCCGAGGGGACAUCAGGCGAGUCUAGUUACGAGGAAGACGAGUUUUCAGAUGAAGAGGAAGAGGAAGAAGGGGGCGCACCCGUUCCCGCAUCAGUGGAUAACAACGCGCCCGGACGAGGCGUCGCACUUUCCUUCCCGUUCUUAGAGCUCUACGGAAUUGAGCUACUGGAAAUCUUGAACCUCAACAUCACGAUCAAAUGUGACAGAUGUAAAGUGUCAGUCGACAUCAAGCACGUGCCCCAAAUUUCCGACGAGAAGGGCCAGAUGCCGAAAAUGGAGUCGUGCCGGAAGUGUGCUAAUAAUAUGAGUGUCGCGUUCCGGAAGCAGUUGAUGCAUUCUCAUGCUAAUCGUGCUGGCUACCUUGACAUGGGCGGCUGUACGAUUGGGGACAUGCUUCUUAGCGACUUCAUCCCAACUUGCUCCGAGUGCUCAACCCCCCAUCCAGCACCAGGUAUACCUGCAGUUCGCGGCGAGAGUGCCAUGGGUAUAUGUCGCCAGUGCCAUCGCAAAAUGGUCUUCAAGAUCCCCGAGGUGAAAUUCCUUCUUGUGGGAAGUGCAGCAAUCACUUCUCGUGGAGCCCUCCCCCUCAAAAGAAAGCCUCAGGAAGUCCUCGGUAUUGUCGCAGGACAAGAACUUCCUCGACGCGGGCGUUGCCAGCACUAUGCCAAGAGUCAACGCUGGUUCAGAUUCAGCUGCUGCUCAAAAGUCUUCCCUUGUGACAAGUGCCACGACGCAGAAACUGACCACCCGAACGAACACGCAAAUCGUAUGAUAUGUGGCUACUGCUCCCGCGAGCAGAUAUACAGGCCCGAGAACUGCGGUAUCUGCAAAGCUGUUCUGAUUGGAAAAGCAGGAAGUGGGUUUUGGGAGGGCGGAAAGGGAACGAGAAAUCGGGCUCUGAUGAGUCGAAAAGAUCCGAGGAAAUUCAAGCGGAUUGGAGCCAAUCCUCCCACUUCGAGUUCAUCGAAGCGGAAGUAA